UUUCAGCAGACAGCUGCGCAGGAGGACGGUGCUUCCCUGUGGUAGCUGGUCGCCGACCACAAGGUUAAGUGAGACAGAUUAGGAAAAGUGAGCAGCCAUAUGACAAUUUAAAUAUCUUUAAUUGAGAGGAGAGGGUGUGCUUUAACAGGCUGUAAACGCAGGCUACUCCACUGGGCAUGCUCAAUCUGGUUUGAAACAGGAGCAGAGAGUGAAUAACAGGCAGUUUGGGCGGUUUUUUGAGGAGGCUGAUCGGCCUCUUCAUCUUCGAUUCUCCUUAUUUGGUCUGGUAGCAGAUCCCAGAAGAGGAUCACUUUCCCUUUAAUCUGAUUUGGCAUAUUUUUCAUCCUGAUCACGCAUUAAUGACAGCGGAGAAGUCUAUGGUCUGAUCUUAUCUGCUGAGACAAAGAGCUUCUGUGUGUAGCGGUGGCGUCGUCCAAAGAGCGCGGAGAGGGAGAGGGCUGAGCUGAGCGUGAAGGAGGUGAGUCUGUAGGCAGCCAGUGAGUCUCCAUCAGGCGCUGUCCGCUCAGCACCACCGCAGUCACCUUGCUGUGUCACGAACAACAGGCGACCUGCUGGACCCAAAGAACUGGGCUGGAAACUGCCUUUUGUGUUCUUAUAUGUGAACAUCUCGGAUCUACCAUUUUCUAAUGUGAUCCCAUUGGCUGAACUCAUUUUGGAUGUCGAUUCUAUACCGUCAGCAGAUCGUGGCAUUGGUGACAGUUUAAAAUUCAGCAGGUGAAUGUUAGGCGCUGGUGAAGAAUACCAGAUAGACGGAAUGCAUGUCAAACAUCCCUGAUUUCUUCCUAAUUGGCGACUGGUUGCCUUUGUGCGUAAUUGUGCGCUGUUAUAAAGAUACGCCUAGACUGACCUUUGCGAUGAGGGGAACUUAUUGGAGAAAUGCCUAAGGGACGCAAUGGGCCUGAGCGACGACAAGGAUCGCAUUGUGAUAAACGUGGGAGGGAUCAGACAUCAGACAUACCGCAGCACCUUGCGCACCCUACCUGGCACGCGUUUGUCCUGGCUUGCCGAGCCUGAUGCGCCGAACCACUUCGACUAUGACGCAAAGAUUGAGGAGUUCUUCUUCGACCGCCACCCGGGUGUUUUUGCGCACAUCCUUAAUUACUACAGGACAGGUAAACUGCACUGCCCGGCAGACGUCUGCGGGCCGCUUUAUGAGGAGGAGCUGGCCUUUUGGGGCAUCGAUGAAACAGACGUGGAGCCAUGCUGCUGGAUGACCUAUCGACAGCACCGGGAGGCAGAGGAGGCCCUUGAUAGUUUCGGAGGAGGGGGUCUGUUAGACCUGGGGAGCGAGGAUCCGGAGCCAGAGCCUGAUCAUGAGGAUGAUGAUGAGAUGACAAGAAGGCUGGCGCAGGGAUACUCACCUGAUGUGAGGAGUGGCAGCCUGUGGAGCCGCUGGCAGAAACGGGUCUGGGCUCUGUUUGAGGAUCCAUACUCUUCAAAAUAUGCAAGGUGGAUCGCUCUGGCCUCUCUCUUCUUCAUUCUGGUGUCCAUCACCACCUUCUGUCUGGAGACCCACGAAGCCUUCAAUCCAAUUGUGAACCGUACCGAGACAGAGGUCAUGGACAAUGAAACGGUGGUGAGCAUGUACCAGGAGACAGAGACGGCGGCCUACCUCACCUACAUCGAGGGCGUUUGCGUUGUGUGGUUCACUUUUGAAUUUCUGAUGCGAAUAACUUUCUGCCCGAACAAAUGUGACUUCAUUCGGAACGCGCUCAACAUAAUCGACUUUGUGGCCAUCCUGCCCUUCUACCUGGAGGUGAGCCUCAGCGGGCUCUCCUCCAAGGCAGCAAAAGACGUGCUGGGAUUCCUGAGAGUGGUCCGCUUUGUGCGGAUCCUGCGUAUCUUCAAGCUAACCCGUCACUUCGUUGGGUUGCGUGUGCUGGGUCACACUCUGAGGGCCAGCACCAACGAGUUCCUCCUCCUCAUUAUCUUCCUCGCUCUGGGUGUCCUCAUCUUUGCCACCAUGAUCUACUACGCAGAGCGCAUUGGAGCUGACCCCAACGACCCAAGAAGCAGUGAGCAUACUCAUUUCAAAAAUAUCCCAAUAGGAUUCUGGUGGGCGGUGGUGACGAUGACGACCCUCGGAUAUGGAGACAUGUACCCUCAGACGACCUUUGGUAUGCUAGUUGGAGCCCUGUGCGCCCUGGCAGGUGUGCUGACCAUCGCCAUGCCCGUACCAGUAAUUGUCAACAACUUUGGAAUGUACUACUCCCUGGCAAUGGCUAAACAGAAACUACCAAAGAAAAAAAACAGGCAUAUCCCCAGAGCACCCCAACCAGGCUCUCCUAACUACUGUAAGUCAAGCAUAAGCUCCCAGCAUCCAAGCCCUAUAGCCCAUGACGAUGUGUUUGAGAUCAAAUUUCAAGAUUCCAAGCUGAAUGGUGAAGCGGCUAACGCAGCACUGGCCAACGAAGACUGCCCGCACAUAGACCAGGCCAUAUCUCCGGAGGAGAUCUUCAGCCCCAGUGAGAGAGAGCGGCCCUGCUUCUUGGUCACCACGGCUGAACAACCCAACCACACGGGGGGCAGAGUGAGGAGGGGUUAUGAAAAGCCUUGGAGCCUUAACAGCAUGUCUGGCAUGAGCGGGGAUGCCUCUGGAGUGUCCUCAGUGUCCGCCCUGCCCUGCAGCCCACCCUGUCUAAUGCAGCACUCACAUUCUCCCAUCCCAUCCAUUAUGUAGCAUGGUUGAGUAGCAGACACAAUGCCAUUGGAAGGCCAGUCCACAAUCCUCCUUCUUAUCUCUCCUGUCAGACUUUGCUUUGACACUUGCCUUCGUUUAUGCUUUUGUUUUCUUCUAAUUUCUGUUUGUUUUUGUUUUUUCUUUUCCCUGGAACAAUGUAUCUUAAUUGUGCUUAAACGUAAGCUUCCCAAGUGAUCUACUUGGGUGUGUCAUCAUAUCCUAGAGUAGACAACAUUGGCACAUGCCACUCUGCAUGGGUCACCUCAGCUGCAGACGAAGCACUGUUCUACUGCAGGCUAACUCCUCUUUUUUUCCUGUGUUGACAUCAUUGCCUGUUGCUCUGUUGCUUUUGAUCUCUCAUACUCUUCUGCUAAUAAGUUUGAUCUCAUUUACUUUUUUUUGUAGAAUUUUGUAAAAACAUUUUUUUCAUGAGAUAUAACCCCUGCUGAUAGUAUGCUGGAAAUUAACUCAUUGCUUUGAAACAUAUCCAAAAGCUGUUAAGGCAACUGUCAAGUGCUUUGUGUGUUGCAAAGUAGAGACGUUUUCAUGCUGAAGUGCAAUCCAGACAAGAUUCCAUGUUAACUGAGUGGCCAAUAAAAAAACAUAUAUAUAUAUAUUUGAACACAGAGUUCACAAUGCCCAAUGCAAUAUGGAGAUUAUGACAAUUAUUUUGAUGCCAGUGGUGAAUACAUUUAAUGUCAACAGAACUGUUAAUUUGCAUGAACUGCAUGAUAAAUCAUGUUCAACCAGAAGCUAAUUGUAAUGCAGUACCUGUAAGAAAAAAAAAAGAAUUUAAAAGCUUCCUAAGCUUUGUCAUUCUUAUGCAUUUCAAGACAGCUUUACAUGAGACUCAGUCAUAGCAGAGAUUUCUAUGUAGCCGCCAUUCUUUGCCUUUCCCCAACUUUCUACAUUUAUUUUCCUUGUUAUCAUUUGAACGGGGUCUCCGACUAACACAAAAUGAUCUAACUUAAACAUAUUUGUCACAAAGACAACAAAUCCUGUUGAGAGCAUAAAUCCUUUUUAUAUGACAGUAUUUACUGGUAGUUUAGGGUUUUUAAACUCUGUAAAUACUCUUCUGCAACUUCUGUUACUGCUGUGCUGCUUGAACUUAUGCAGGACUCAUGAGAUAUACAGGUGCACCUCAAUAAAUUAAAGAGGUAUUUAUUUUAGUAACUGCAACCAAAAAGUGAAACUAAUAUUAUUUUGAAGAAUUACAUCCAGAGCGAUAUAUUUCAAGCAUUUAUUUCUAUAAAUAAGACCAAUAAAAAAAAAGAAAAAUUGAGACAUGAGCCAUGUUGUGUUCUCCACAAUUAUGGGAAAGAGUGCUGACAGAAGACAGACAUGUUAGACUAGGUAAGCCAUCAUAGGUCUACUAAACAAGCUGGUUGUUCAAAGAAGGAAGUACAUUACAGACAGGUUGAGUGAAAGGAAAACAUGUAGGUUACAUGCAAAAAUGAUAUUUACAGGCUUGAGAGGAUUGUGAUUCAAUGUCCAUACUGAUGUUUUUGCAAGGUGUAGUCUGUAGCUAAAGUCAGAGCUUCAAGAGCCACCACAUAAAUGUAUCCAAGGCAUAGGCUACAACUGCUGCAAUGCUCCUGUUAAGCCAGCUCUGAAAUAGAGAUGAGGUGACAACCUUUAUGGAGAUGUGGAUUAAAUUUUUCUAGCAGGACUUGGCUCCUGCUGUGCUAGAUCUGCCAGCAAAUUCAUCUGAUCUAAACCCCACAGAGCAAACUUGUUGCAAUGCAGGCCAAAAUUAACAAGUUGAAAGUACUUGUGGGCCACAAAAAUUCAUAUUUUUUUUUUAUUAAAAAUGCAUUAAUAAGGUUUAUUGUAAUUUCUGGGUUAUUUUACCUGCUCAGCAAUGAAUUAAACAGUUCAGACCCAAAACAUAAAAAUGAUCCUACACAUUUGACUAAAAAGAAGUGUUUAGUCUAUUCCCAGCAAUAAAAAUGGAAUAUGGGUCACUGUUUGCUGUAUUUGGCUAAGUUUAGUUAAUGGGUAGGGCCGGGUCUGUUUUUGUGGUCCUAUUUAUUUGAAUACGAAAAAGAAAAAUCAAAAAAGCAUUGUUAAUAGAAAAAAAUCAUCUUAAGAAGGAUUUUUUUAGUCUGCACCUUUUUUUAAAUAAAGAAUUUAGGUCAGUCAAAACAUUUCCCUAAAUUUUAAACAGUGUCCAUCUACAUCAAGUGCCUGUGUUGGCGAGCCCCAAUUUUACUCUCAUUGGUCGCUGGCCACACAAAAUCGUUUUGUCAACCACAACUGGCCCACAGGCCAAACAGAAUCUAUAGCAUAUUUCAAGAGGAAGAUGAGAGGCACCCAGCCCAACAUUGCCGAUGUAACAUGGGCUUCUUUAUUACCUCAGCAGAAUCACCUCCAUGCCACAUUGCAUUGAUGCUGGAGUGGGUUUACUGUUCAGUACAUGAAAUACACACUUCAGCAGGUUGUUAUAAAAAUUAUUUUUAUUGGUUUUAUUUGAGAUAGAAACUUCAUUUUAUGGUUUCAUUGGCUGUAAGCCAUAUUUGAUCAAAAUUAACCGAAAUAAAAGCUUGAAGGAUAUAAUUUUGUGUCAUUAAUAUGUACACGUGUUUCACGUUUGAACUUAAUUACUGAGAAGUAUUUAUUAAGAUGUGCCUGUAAAGCAAUGGUGCCUUCAUUCCAAGUAAGGCAGAGCGAAAGUAUGAAAUUGUCACCUUAUUAAACAAGUGUUCCCAGUGUAGCAUCAUUACACCACUUUUUUUCCAUAAAUGGACAUUUUUGGCCCCUCCCUCAUUCUCUUAAUCCCAUCAGUGUCCUCUUUGGUUGUUGUUGUUACACGUCAAUGAUAUUGGAAUUUAACCUUUAGCUCCAAGCAGAAAGACAAGCUGAAAAACAGAUAAAGAAAAUGAUAAAAUGAUUGUGUGCUCAUCUCUGGUUGUUUAUUAAAGCACAAAAAUAAAAGGAGGCCAAGCAACUCUACAGAGCCAGAAUGUCUCAAGUUAUGAUCAGAUAUCACAAUGAAUCCUGCUGUGUGUAUGUCUACCGAAACGUCAAAUACAGUCCCGACAUUUAUGCACAAGUCUUUUCAGGGCACUUUAUUAAAUUCUAUGUAGACCAAUCAGUAAUGUUUAUUUCUGUAAGUAGUAGAAGAUAUGGUUAUUAUUAGAAUUCAUCCAAGUUUUGUUUUUUAUUCUGAAUUGAGCAGUGUUUCACAUUUCAAGUCAUGUCUCUUGUGGUAAUUAAUGAACGUUCUAUGCUUAAAAAAAAUAUUGUGUAGAUUUGAUGUGAAGAGAUGCAGGUGAAUUUUAUGGUCAUGCAAUUCAAAUGCAGGGAGGGUUGUAUGAUGUGGGUCUACUUGGGGAAAGGUAAAUGCAUGUAUUUUACAUUUAUGCAAAAGAAAAGCAUUCAAAUAAAAUAUGUCAAUACAAUUCCUUGCAUGAAAUAAAUUUUAUACACAACAAGCA